GAGUCUGACUUUUAAGGCGGUGUCACUGUCAUAUUUGCUAGCGUGGGUAAUGUUAAAUACUUAAAAAUGGAUCUACCUCAGGUAACGCAUAUUUCUCUUGUUAGAUACGGUAUCUAUCUAGCUGAGCAACAUUUGUAUCUAGAUAAAUUUGGGUGUUUCUCGCUACAAAGUGCUUAAUUCGUAUUCACACAUGACAUAUAGUUAUUACAUGAGAAACCCACUUGGUUUAUAAUAGAUAGGCUACGAUAGCCUAUGGUUUCCAUAAAAAUAUAGUUUACAUCAUUUUUAAAAGGCUCCAAUUGGAACAAAAACUUCAACUGCCGCUAUUUUUUUCUAAUGUGGCAUAAAAUAUAAGGUGUCUUGUUUUUUUAACUCACACACUUUUAGAGAUGGAUAACUCACUGCCGACAGAAGAUUCUUCAUCUUCAACAGAAAAUAUACAGAGUCCUGAACCAGCAGAGACGGGUGACCGUACAACUAUUGAUGCAGAGACAGGAGAGCCUAUAUUGAUUGAACGAACGAGACAUAGCUUUUCAUACACAGCUAAUGAAUUAAGACAAAGAAACAGCUAUAAAGAAUCUGUGGAAAAGCCUACAAAAACAAGCCCUGCAACUACUGAUAAUUACAAGGAUGACUGCUACUCAAAUGGUGGAGGAUUUUACGAAUGUAACAUUUGCUUUGAUACUGCUAUUCAUCCUGUUUUGACAUUAUGUGGACAUUUAUUUUGUUGGUCUUGCCUUGCACAAUGGCUAAAUGCUCAAUCACGUAACCCUACGUGUCCAGUGUGUAAAGCAGGUUGUGGUAAAGACAAAGUCAUUCCUAUUUAUGGCCGUGGCAAAGAAGAGAAAGACCCAAGAAACGAUCCAUCGAUACCAACACGUCCAGCAGGUCAAAGACCACCACCUAUUCGUGAUCCCAAUCGACCAGCUACAUCAUUUUUUAGCCAGCCAUUUGGGAAUAACGCAUUUAAUGGAGGAGGUGUGUCUAUAUCAGCAGGAUUUGGUUUCUUUCCAAUGGGUGUCAGAUUUAAUAUUCCAACCGGUUCAACAACACAGCAAACUCCACAAGGCGCAUUUAUGUCAAGACUAGUAAUGAUGUUGUUAAGUUUAUUAAUUAUCGCAAUUAUUUUUGCUUAGACAAUUAA